CAACUGUCGGAGCAAUGGAGCAAAUGUACGAAGUGAACAGAACUUUGAACGAUUCAACAAACAUAACAGACAUACCGUUACCUAUAGUACCGAAAUGGGGAUUUUGGGUGAAAUUUGUGAUAACUCCGAUAAUUGUUUUCGUCGGAAUAGCGGGCAAUGUGUUUUCAUUUAUUGUCAUGAAGACAAAAACAUUGCGUCAUAAAUCGUAUUCUCACUAUUUAUGUGCCUUAGCCGUGUUUGAUACAAUGACGCUCAUGAUACGACAAGUAGAAAGCGUGGACGAAUACCUUGUUUCACACUUGAAGUCCCAAGGAGUCUUCCAGCACUUUAAUGACGGGUCGUGCAAAUUUUACAAUUUCAUCGUACAUGUGAUAACUUUAAUAAGUUCCUGGCUUGUUGUGUUAAUGGCCGUAGAACGUCUAUUAGCCGUCUGCUUCCCAUUCAAGAAAGUUUAUCUCCGGAAAGAAACAGGAGCAGCAUUAGCUAUUGUCAUACUUUUUAUCACGGUGUGCUUGAGUCAACUGUUCCGAUUUACUAUGAUUGAACAUGCUGUGUAUGAUGAUACUAAAGACAUCCAACACUGUUUAGCAACACCAGAAUAUCGCGAAAUGUACACAAGCUUAGACGUAUAUUUCUUUCUCUGGACUUUGGUGUUUUUUCUACCCGUAACUUGCAUUGUCAUAUGUAAUAGUUUCGUCCUGUAUCAUAUAUUCAGGGUGAGGAAAGAUUUACAUAAGGGAGACAACCACCAUUCAUAUAGAAACGACAAAGCGCGUGGUAGAAGACAUCGUAGCACGUGCAUGCUAUUAAUAGUAACGACAACUUAUAUUGUUACAUUGUUACCAUUAUUCACACUGAGUUUAAUUGUAGACGUAACGAUAAAAGUGGGGAGUCUUGAAACUGCCAGAUAUACAUAUAUAACAUUAAUUCCUUACAUAGAUAUAUCUGUUUCCAUUUCACUCUUAAACUAUGCAGUGAAUUUUUUCAUUUAUGUCUUAUCUGGUAAAAGAUUUCGUUUUGAGCUACAAAAAAUCUUUAGAAAAAAGCGGAUAAUUAAAAGAAGUUUUACUGCUCGGAGUACAAGGGAAGAGUUUUGCAUGCAAUAGAUUUUUACCAAAUUAUGAAAUU